UGCCUCACUCAGAUGUAUUUUUUUGUGGCAUUUGGUACCACUGAUAGUUUCCUCCUGGCUGCCAUGGCCACUGACCGCUAUGUGGCCAUCUGUAACCCACUGCAUUACACCACAACCAUGAGCCCCAGGCGCUGCCUCUUGCUGGUGGUGACAUCCUGGGUGGUGUCUCAUCUCCACUCACUCACCCACACGAUUCUUAUGGCCCGCCUCUCCUUCUGUGGAUCCAACAUCAUCCACCACUUUUUCUGUGAUGUCCAGCUACUGCUAGCGCUCUCCUGCUCUGACACUUCUGUCAAUGAGCUCGUGACCUUCACAGAGGGCUCCUUUGUGCUUAUGAGUUCUCUCAUCAUCAUUAUUGUGUCUUAUGUCUACAUAGCCCGUGCUGUUCUGAGGGUCCCUUUAGGAGGAGGCAGAUACAAGGUCUUCUCCACCUGUGGAUCCCACCUCACAGUGGUGGCAUUAUUCUAUGGAACCAUCAUAUCUGUGUACAUUCGCCCCUCAUCCACCUACUCAGUGACAAAGGACCGUGUGGUCACUGUCGUCUAUACAGUCGUUACUCCCAUGCUGAACCCUUUCAUCUAUAGCCUUAGGAACAAGGACAUGAAGCAGGCUUUGAGAAAGCUGACUGGAAGGGUCAGAGUAACAUAA